CUUUCCCUCUUUUCUUUACUCUUAAACAACAAAAUUUGGCUGCCGAAACCCUCAAGAAAACCUCAACCCUCCGCCGCCGCCGCCGCCGCCGUCGACGAUCAUGAAGAAGCUUUACAGAAAGAGCACAAUUCAUCCCACGCCUCCACUUGUCUCAAACCAGCUGGCUUUCUUACCUUCGGCGAUCUUAGCUCUGACCGUCGCCCUCGGCCAAGAAGACAAAGAAGUCCUGGCCUAUCUCAUCUCUUGCUCCAGUUCCACCGCUGACAGGAAAUCCUCCAGCUCCGCCGCCGUCUGCGGUGGAGGGAAGGGCGGCCCCGACGCCCACUCGCCCUGCUUCGACUGCUGCUGCUUCAGCUGCUAUAUAAGCUACUGGGUGAGGUGGGAUUCUUCGCCGAACCGCCAGCUGAUUAACGAAAUCAUCGACGCCUACGAAGACGGAUUGGUGUCGCAGAGGAAGAGAGCGGAGAAGAACAAGAGAGAGAAAAGGAAGAGCAGCAAUAGGAAGAACAGAGUGCCUGGGUCUUCUUCCUCCUCCUCUGUUUGCCCCGGUGAGUUGAUGAACAGUUCCGAGUUGAGUUCUAAAAGGGACGAGUCGGACGAGUCUGACUCGGCCGAGUUGCGCUCAACUCACAUUAGUAAUAUUUGUAAUGGUGGAGAGGAGGAAGGUGGGGCCGUGAAGAGAUUUGUGAGCUUUAUUGGUGAGAGAAUGUGGUCUUCUAUUUGGACUUGAAAAAUAUUUUAAGGAAAUUUGAGGUUGGCCAUUUUUUUCUACUCAUAAUUAUUUUUGUUUUUUUGUUCCUGGUUUUAACAGGUUCUGUAAUGUAACCCUGUCAUAAUGUAAAAAUAUGCCUGGUUUUGGAAGGUCAUCGGUUUCAAAUUUGGGGGUUUUGAACUUUGUAAAAAGUUAUUACUAUUAGAGCCCGUUUGUUAACAUUAAAAUUGGCUGAAUUGGCUGAUUCUGCUGAAA